GAAGAGGCUUCUAGACUCAGGGACAACCGGGAUGUGAAAGAUGAACGGGAAGUGCCAGGGCUGGGUGUGCUGCUCUAAAAACGUUUAGACUAGGUGGCCACUAGGUUGUUUUCUAUUUGAAAGCCCGAGGGUUUUGUUUUGUUAAUAAUUUUCUAAAUAUGUUUACUAAUAUAUUUAAUACUCCUAUGGUUUAGAUGUUUAAUAUAAGCAGUUAUCAGUGACAAGGUUUGCUCCCGCUCAGUCAUCUUCUCAUGCCCAAACCCCUAGACAGUUACAUUUGUUAGAGUGUAACCAUCCAGUUUGUUUAUGCAAAUACUGGGCAAAUGUGAAUGUAGUUAGUUCCCCUUUUUUCACAGAGGUGAUAGGGUAUGCUCCAAAGUUCUGUCCCCUUGCUUUUUUCCUUCUACUGUAUUUUAGGCAUCAUCAUAAUACAAAGAGCUUUGAAAACAACAACAAAACAGCACUGUGGUAACAGAUUGACUAUUGUUUGAGUGUUUUUAAUAUUCCAUAAUUUUUUAGAUCUGUUUGGAGCCAUUUGGGUUGUUUUCAAUUUUUUGUUACUUCAUCAAUGAUGCACUCAAUGAGGUUCUACUAGGACAUACUUUAGCAAGGGUUUUUAAAGAAGAGAUCAGUCAAAAUAAUUUUUGUUUAACAUUAACUCAGCCAGUUACUGGUAAAUUGUUAAACAUGCCAAAUCAUUAUUAUAACAGUUCGUGUAGAGUGCUUAAAGAACAAAUAAGACCAAGUAGGUUUUCUCUCCUGAUCUUGUGUUUAUGAUGGUUAUUAGCUUUAUGCUAGCCUAAUAAUCUAAUUCUGUUAAUGACUCCCUUCCAGCCAGUCUCUGCCCAUUUAGCUUCAGAAAAUCUCUCAGUCUCCCUUUCAGAAUCUCCUCUGCUUACCUUUUUCCUCAGGAUGACUAGAAAUCUCUUCACCACUACCAGAUGAAUAGAGGUGGAUGGGCCAAGGCCAAAGGGAAUGAUGGAGCAUGGUCCCUGAUAAAAGAUGUGCUGCAGCUGAUGAUUAUGGGAUUCCACUGCCUGCCCUCACAUUUCAGCAACAUGAACUACUCUGCCCAAAGUAGUAGAGACAAGUAGAGUACUUUCAAGAGGAACAAAGAAGCCCUGCUUGAGCCCUAAAAUCUGUUCUAGGAAGGAAUUUACCUUUCCUGAGUCCUGUGCUUUAUACCCAGGUUCCAACUCGAAUCAAAUAACCCGACCUCAUGUCACAUUUGAAGACGAGGGGCACUGAGAAUGAGGAAUCACCUGAAAAGUAUGAAAAUGAUGGAAAUGCAGAAUCUGUGUGGCCAAAAGUGGAAGGUUUUCACAAGGAUCAUAUACAGGAAUCUAAGGUUGGUGAAACUUGUGAUUGGGAUAGCAAGGUAGAAAGUCAUUUGGAAAAUCCGGAGGGAAAAAGGAGGAUGGAAGACAAAAGUGGCACCAGGGAAAAGAUUGGCAAAGCCAAGAACACAGCAAAUAUAAAGAUGGAACAGGAAGAUGAGGCAUCUGAGAAAAGCUUGUAUCCAAGCUCAAAACAUAUUACACACCAGACUGUCCCUAUAGAACAGAUAAGCAGUGAACAAGACAAAUGUGUGGAGAACCUUAAUGGAAACUCUCAUCCUGGUCUACAGCAGAAAACCAGUGCUGCUAAGAAAUCACAUAGAUGUGAGGAGUGUGGGAAAUCGUUCAAAUACAAUUCGCGCCUUGUUCAACAUAAAAUUAUGCAUACUGGGGAAAAACGCUAUGAGUGUGAUGACUGUGGAGGGGCUUUCCGGAGUAGCUCAAGCCUUCGAGUCCACAAACGGAUCCAUACUGGGGAGAAACCGUACAAGUGUGAGGAAUGUGGGAAAGCCUACAUGUCAUACUCCAGCCUUAUAAACCAUAAAAGCACCCACUCUGGGGAGAAGAACUGUAAAUGUGAUGAGUGUGGGAAAUCCUUCAAUUACAGUUCUGUGUUGGACCAGCAUAAGAGGAUCCACACAGGGGAGAAGCCCUACGAAUGUGGUGAGUGUGGGAAGGCUUUCAGGAACAGCUCUGGUCUCAGAGUCCACAAAAGGAUCCACACAGGGGAGAAGCCCUACGAAUGUGACAUCUGUGGGAAAACUUUCAGUAAUAGCUCCGGCCUUAGGGUCCACAAAAGGAUACACACAGGCGAGAAACCUUAUGAAUGCGAUGAGUGUGGGAAGGCCUUCAUUACUUGCAGAACACUUCUAAACCAUAAAAGCAUCCACUUUGGAGAUAAACCUUAUAAAUGUGAUGAGUGUGAGAAAUCAUUUAAUUAUAGCUCUCUCCUCAUUCAGCAUAAAGUCAUCCACACUGGAGAGAAACCUUAUGAAUGUGAUGAAUGCGGGAAGGCCUUCAGGAACAGCUCAGGCCUUAUAGUGCACAAAAGGAUCCACACGGGAGAGAAACCUUACAAGUGUGAGGUCUGUGGCAAAGCGUUCAGCUAUAGCUCAGGCCUCGCAGUUCAUAAAAGCAUUCACCCUGGGAAGAAAGCUCAUGAAUGUAAGGAUUGUGGAAAAUCCUUCAGCUAUAACUCACUUCUCCUUCAGCAUAAAACCAUUCACACUGGAGAGAGACCUUAUGUUUGUGACUUGUGUGGGAAAACAUUUAGGAACAAUUCAGGCCUCAAAGUCCAUAGGAGGCUCCAUACUGGGGAAAAACCAUAUAAGUGUGAUGUUUGUGGGAAAGCCUAUAUCUCACGCUCUAGCCUUAAAAACCACAAAGGAAUCCAUCUUGGGGAGAAACCCUAUAAAUGUAGUUAUUGUGAGAAGUCUUUCAAUUACAGCUCUGCCCUUGAACAACAUAAAAGGAUUCAUACAAGGGAAAAACCUUUUGGAUGUGAUGAGUGUGGAAAAGCCUUCAGAAAUAAUUCAGGCCUUAAAGUACAUAAACGGAUCCACACUGGGGAGAGACCUUACAAAUGUGAAGAAUGUGGGAAAGCCUACAUCUCACUCUCAAGCCUUAUAAAUCAUAAAAGUGUACACCCUGGGGAAAAGCCCUAUAAGUGUGAUGAGUGUGAAAAAGCUUUCAUCACAUACCGAACCCUUAUAAACCACAAAAAAAUCCAUCUUGGGGAGAAGCCCUACAAAUGUGAUGUAUGUGAGAAAUCUUUUAAUUACACUUCACUCCUUUCUCAACACAAAAGGGUCCACACUAGAGAGAAACCUUAUGAAUGUGACAGGUGUGAGAAGGUCUUCAGAAACAACUCAAGCCUUAAAGUGCAUAAAAGAAUCCACACGGGGGAGAAGCCCUAUGAAUGUGAUGUGUGUGGAAAAGCCUACAUCUCACACUCAAGCCUUAUUAACCAUAAAAGUACCCACCCUGGCAAGACUCCCUACACAUGUGAUGAAUGUGGAAAAGCUUUUUUCUCAAGCAGAACUCUAUUAAGCCAUAAAAGAGUCCAUCUUGGGGAGAAACCCUUCAAAUGUGUUGACUGUGGGAAGUCUUUCAAUUACAGUUCACUCCUUUCUCAACACAAGAGGAUUCACACAGGGGAAAAACCUUAUAUAUGCGAUAGGUGUGGAAAGGCAUUCAGGAACAGCUCAGGCCUGACAGUGCAUAAAAGGAUUCAUACGGGCGAGAAACCCUAUGAAUGUGAUGAGUGUGGGAAGGCAUACAUCUCACACUCAAGUCUUAUUAACCAUAAAAGUGUCCACCGUGGGCAGCAGCCCUAUAAUUGUGAGUGUGGGAAAUCCUUCAAUUACAGAUCAGUUCUUGACCAACACAAAAGGAUCCACACUGGAAAGAAGCCAUACCGAUGUAAUGAGUGUGGGAAGGCUUUUAAUAUCAGAUCAAAUCUCACCAAGCAUAAAAGAACCCAUACUGGAGAGGAAUCUUUAAAUGUGAUAAAUGUGGGAAGUCACAGUGACACAUCACAGAAGAGAACUCAUGAGGGAGGGAAUGCUCUGGAAGGGACCAAGAUGAGCAUAUCUGUAGGAGGCAGAGCUUACCAAGUCUCAACUCAAAUGGAAGAAAAACCUUAUGAAUGUAUGAAUAUCAUAUGAAUAUGAGGUAUUUGUUCAUGGCUUAUAAUUUACAUAGUAUAAAUGAAACUGAGUACUCUUCAGUAUGAUCUUCAGUCAUAGCCAGCAAGGAAGCCUGCAAUGUCAAGGUAGUUGAGCCUUUAUGGAACACAAAAUAGUUGAUACUGGGGAUAAAACCUAUCAAAGUGACAGAGUAUUUGAAAAACCUUCAAAGUAAGCAGACAUUUCUGGACAUAAAGCACAUGGAUAAGGAAAGGACUUCACUUAGAAGUCAUAUAGUCACUAUCAGAAACUUCAUAUUUGGUUAAAUUGUGUGAAUAGAAAUGGGGGGAAUUCAGCUAUAGCUUUGAAUCCCAAUUCUACAUUGAACAGUGGAAAAAAUACAAGAAUGGCCUCCAACAGGCAAAUUCAGGGAGAGAUAGGCUUCAGGGAAUAUAUAUUUAAGAGGAGUGAUCGUGAAGUAUAAGCUUGAUAUAACUGAAUAAUUUGUGAGGGGUGAUGACAUUUUGAAACAAAAUUGGGUUUUGUUGUAGGAAGAGUGGAAAAUGUAGACAUGAAUCUAAUAGGAAAUAGAGUCAUUAAAAAUGCAAGCUGAUUGGAUUAUACUGUUGUAAUGUUGUGAUACAUCAGUUGAAUGGACAAAACUUUUUAAAAAUUUCAAAUGAGCCCCCUCAAUGAAUGAUGAAGUGUGAGGAGUGAAAACCUCACACAUUGUGCUACAAAUGAAAGGUUCUACCAUAGAGAGAAAUUCAGCACAUUACAUAACUAAUGGAACAGGUCUUCAUGAAUUUGCACCUGCACAAAAAUCAUUGACUCAGGGAUUCCUAUGAGUAGGAAUGCUGAGAAGGUCAUUGUAUUGCAAGAGCUAAAAAGCUGAGUAGCUGUUGAUAAUAGAGGGAUCAGAGGAAAUUCAUGCUUAAUAAUCCUGUUAAAUGUUUGAUUGUUUUGGAAUGUGUUAUUGUAAAGAUUUCAUGCACUACAUGUGUGUCUUGUCUGUUGUAAAAUGUUAUGAAUACUAUGUUCAGGGCUCACUCUUUCUUGGCCAUGAAGAGCCAGAUGGUUGUGGUGAGGUAAGAUGGAACUCCAAUAAAGAAAUUCCUCAAAAGUAAA